GGAAAGAAAAGAAAAGAGGAGGGGGGCUCAAGAGGAGAGGAGUGUAAUAGGAAACCAGUCCACCCUUCUAUCUCUCUCUCUCUCUCUUUUACCUCUCUCAAUCUUCUCAACCUCUCUCUUCUCUGUCCCGCAGUCAGCCGGUUGGACUAACACCUCUCUUCACUCUCACUGGGGAAGUCCACGCAACACUGUAUUUCUUCACUACGUCUGUGACUACAGCACUCACCCACUCUCUGCUCAGUGAGGAAGCCUUAGAAGGUGGGCUGUUCUGGGUGUCUCUCCUCAGCAGUCAUGGGGAGGUCAGGAGCGUUCUGGGUUUGGCCGUUUGGGACGAGCAUGCAGUUGUUACUUACCCUCGUCCUCUGUGUCACUUGCGUCCAUGGUCUUUUUCCACCACAGCCACGGGUCUUCUUGUCAUUUCAAGAAUUACAGAAAACCCAGUCCUUUGAAUUCUACACUUUGUCUGAGAAGGCCAUGGACUAUAGGAUCCUUUUCAUGGAUGAGGAUCAAGACCGUAUGUAUGUGGGGUGCAAAGACCACGUACUCUCGAUGGACAUCAACAACAUCAGCCAGACCACGCUGAAGAUCUUCUGGCCGGCAUCCACUACUAAGGUCGAGGAGUGUCAGAUGGCUGGCAAAGACCCCACACAUGGAUGUGGAAACUUCUUACGAGUGAUCCAGCCUUAUAACAGGACGCAUCUGUUCAUCUGCGGCAGUGGAGCCUACAGCCCCGUGUGUGCAUUCGUUAACCGUGGCAGGCGUCCUGAGGAGCAAGUGUUCCAAAUCUCUUCCAGAGCAGAAUCAGGGAAAGGAAGAUGCUCCUUUAACCCACGAGUCAACACCGUCUCGGUCAUGCUCAAUCAGGAGCUGUUCUCUGGCAUGCACAUUGACUUCAUGGGGACAGACGCGGCCAUUUUCAGGAGCCUGACCACAAGGAACGCAGUGAGGACUGACCAACAUAACUCCAAAUGGCUGAGCGAGCCAGUGUUCAUUGAUGCCCACUUGAUUCCUGAUGGCUCAGACCCAAACGACGCCAAACUUUACUUUUUCCUGCGUGAGAGACUGACAGACAGUAGUGGAAACACUAAGAACAUCCACGCUAUGGUGGCUCGAGUGUGCCCUAAUGACACUGGUGGACAGCGCAGUCUGGUGAACAAGUGGACCACGUUUUUGAAGGCUCGGCUGGUUUGUUCGGUUCUAGAGGAGGACAGUACAGAGACCCACUUUGAUGAGCUCGAGAACGUGUUUUUAUUGGAGACGGACCACCCAAAGGGCCUCCUCAUCUUUGGAGUUUUCACCUCUACAAGUUCUGUGUUCAGAGGUUCUGCUGUCUGUGUGUACAACAUGGCCGACGUCCUGACGGUCUUCAAUGGACCGUUUGCACACAGAGAAGGGCCCAACUUCCAGUGGGUGGCUUUCCAGGGCCGGAUCCCAUACCCACGACCGGGAACCUGUCCUGGUGGUGCGUUCACCCCUCAUAUUCAGAGUACUAAAGAGUUUCCAGAUGAAGUGGUGACGUUCGUGAGGAAUCACCCCGUCAUGUUUAACCCCAUUUACCCAGUCGGCAGGAAACCUCUUGUGGUGCGGACACACGCCGAUUACAAAUACACCUCUAUAGCUGUGGACCAGGUGACCGCUGCGGAUGGACAUUACCAGGUUCUAUUCCUGGGCACAGAUAAAGGCACAGUACAGAAGGUCGUGGUUCUGCCGUCAAAGGGCUCUCUGGAUGAGGAUCUAAUCCUGGAGGAGCUGGAAGUGUUUAAGAAGCAAUCUCCUAUCACCAACCUAAGAAUCUCAUCUAAAAAGCAACAGCUGUAUGUUAGCUCUGAGCAUGGAGUGUCCCAGGUGUCUUUGCACCGCUGCGAGGCAUACGGCUCUGCCUGUGCGGACUGUUGUUUAGCGCGGGACCCGUACUGCGCCUGGGAUGGGCUCAGCUGUUCUCGAUUCUACCCUACUGGCAAGAGGAGAAGCAGAAGGCAGGAUAUUAUGCAUGGGAAUCCAUUGACUCAGUGUAGAGGGUUCAAUCUGAAAGCCUACAGGAAUGCAGUGGAGAUGACUCAGUAUGGAGUCAAAAACAACACCACCUUCCUGGAGUGUCAGCCCAAAUCUCCACAGGCCUCAGUUAAAUGGCUCAUUCAGAGAGACAACGAUCGCAGGAAAGAGGUGAAGCUGAGUGACCGUGUGGUAUCCACCAAUCACGGUUUGCUCAUCCGGUCAGUGCAUUCUUCGGAUCAGGGCGUUUACUACUGCCUGGCCACAGAGAAUGGCUUCAAGCGCACACUUGCUAAAAUCCGUCUCCAGAUUCUGAGUGAAGCUCUGGUCAGCGCUCUGAGCAAUAAACAUUCUUCAUGGGGCUGGGCAGCCUCACUGCACCCUAAAGCCCUGGUGUCAGCCUUCAGCCCGGCUGAGACAUUGGCCAUGCACCAAUACUGCAAGGAACGCAAACAGAUGCAGAGUCUGCAGAACAUACAGAGCCCCAUGAGGGGCGAUCUGGGUAAACUCAAACCCUUGCUGGACCACAGGAAGAGCAGGAACCGCCGGAACCACUUACUACAGGAAUAGAGGUGAAAUAUAAAGGAAGGAGAUUAAAGAAGAGAUGAUGAAAAGGAAGGAGAUGGAUAGACAGAUGAUGAAAAGGAAUAAAGACAUGCAUCAGGAGAGAACCCGAGUGGAAAAUAAAGGAAGAGAACGUUGGAGAAGAUUCCUCUGUUAUGAACCUCAUUUGUUGUUUUUCUUCAAGCUCAAAGCAUCUCAGGUGCUUCCUGUACAGCAGUCUUAUAUACAUGAACGCCCAGAGCAGAGGACUCUGAGACACCCUCACACACAGGCACUCAAGCCAAUUUGUGUUUCAAGCUGCAUAAUACAAGAUGCCAUAUAUGUCAUACAAUAGUAUUGUUGUCAUUUUAUGUGGAUGUGACAUUUCAGAACCAACAAAGUAAUACAAAGUCCUUCAAGACCCAAUGGAAUGUCUAAUGAGGACAGAUUUUUAUUUCUUUUUCCUGUGUUGAUUUAUGUCCUAUUGAAAGGGGGGCUCAUCCCUUUUUUAACAGCCUUUAGUUUACAUCACAGACAUGAAAUUUAUUUCUCCUUGCUAAUAAUAGUGAACUUUUACCAAAUGGGACAGUCUCAUUCUAGAGUGCAUUUCAUUGGACAAAAAUUUAAAUACACCCUUAGUGCAAGCUGAGUCAUUAAAAUUUUGGUUUGUUUACUGGAAGCUAAAGACUGUAAAUUGCAAAUGUACAUAUUAUCUGCUAAAGAUUUCUCAAAUUAAGACUACAUAAGCAAUAGCCUUCAAAGCUAACAGACAUUGACAAAAACGCACAUAAAUUCAGUUUCUAGUACAUAUCUUAUUAGAUAUGCAUCAUGAGAGCAUUUUGUUAACUUACAGAUGUAAAAUAAAGCCACUAAAUUUCAGUAUUGAUUUCUUCUGCAUUCUCUUUAAUAUCCCGGCAGAACAUUGUGAUUAUAAAUAAGUAUAUUCUAGCAAUCCAAGUUUGAUUUACAUGACACAUUUAGGCCAAGCAAUUUUGGAAAAUUUCCAUUAAUGGAACAAAUUUAUCAAUUCUACUACCUACAACCCUUCAAUACCCCUAACUGAAUUAAGGUUACAUUAAAUAUCAUUAGUAGUCUUCUAAAGUCAACCAAUGGCCUCCCUACAUUGAGACGAUCAUUUGUGGAUCUCCAGCUUGUAAAAGAUUGUCUUCUAGCAAAUGAAAUGUUUAUGGUGACUGAACAGUUCAUGAGAAUAUUUUCUGGACAUUAAAACAUUACACAUAGACCAUUGUACAUCAGCCCAGCUGCACAACAGAUGUUCAUACGGGAAGUGAGAGGGAGAGGAGAUGGUUUGGAGAUGUUUCAAACUGUACCAGACAGGUGGCUCUCUGAGCUCAUAACACUGUAAAGAGUGUUGUGUUUUUGCCAAGUGUUAUGCUUUGGGAAACAUCAUUAAUCCUAAAUGCAUAAUUUCUUCCUUAAAGAAAUGGCAGUUUCACCAUCAUUUACUCACCCUCAUGACCUUCCAAACAAGGAGGACCUUGAAUAUAGUCGUAUGGACCACUUUUAUGGAACUUUUUUGUCCUUUAAGAAGAGAGAGUGGUCAUGUUUUCAAUAUAUGGAAAAGAGCAGCAUGAACAUUCUUCAAAAUAUCUCCUUUUGUAUUUCUAAAAAGAAAGAAUGACAUGAGGGUAAAUUAGGGCAGAAUUUUCACAGGUGAACUAUUGGUUUAAAAUGUUGAUUGUAUGUGCAUGUUUUCUUCUUUUACUAACGAGGUAUCCACGUUAUUUUGCAACACAGAAGUAAGCUAUUUUCUGUGAAUGUGUGAGACUUCUGAUUUGUUAGCUGCAAAAGGUAAAUAACUAUAAGUAUAACAAAGUGCAGUAAACAGUAUACCUAUUUGUGCUACAAUCAAGUGUGUUCAAAAUCAUGGCAAUACAUUAAAAUAAUAUGAUAAGAAACACCAGUUUUUAAUAUCAAGCAGCAAAAUGGACAACUGAAAGUGAAUGACAAUGGAAGCCUCACACAUUCAAGUUACAAAUGGCUGCAACCUGCUCUUAUGUAAAAAAAAAAAAAUAAGGUGAAUACUGAACCAGAAUGAAUCAGUUUCAAGUAGAUAUUUUGUAAAGAAGAUUUGCUUAAGCCCCAGAAAUACCAUAGUGUUUAAAUCAUGUAAGGAUAGGCCAAAAAAGGAAUGUAAAUGAAUGUCAUGUUAAUGUUUUGUGGUUUGCUCAGUGUGCACAGCUGUAAUGUGAUUGUCACUCAUUUUAGAUGAUGUAUAGCAUUGUACAGCUUCUGAUUUUGGAUUACUCUAUGUCUGUGUAACUUAUCUCUUUUUGUAUUUUGAGUAUCUGUAAAUAGUGAAAAAUUUAGCUCUAAAAACAAAUGAGAAAUUCAGUCACACUUCAGUUUUGCAAUAGAUUUCUCUAUGGCGAUUAGAAUAAUUUCAUUCACAUUUACACAGUUUGUUCUCUCUCUGAAAUGCCCAAAUGGGAUUUUGUUUAAUGCCAAACUUAAGAUGUUUUCGACUGAAUCUGCAUUUUGCAGACGUUUCAUGUUCACUUUUUUUUUCCUGUGGCAUUCUGUGCCCUCUUCAAAGGCAUUUAGAUUAACAAUGUUUUAAUAUAAAAUGAUACUAUAGCGAAAAAUGUUAAUGAUAAUUUUAUUUUAUUACAUGUCUUGAUUUGUGUAGGCCUAUUUAUUAAUGAUAUAAGCCUGAACAACUGCAUUAAACAAACUGAAUCUCUUUCAUGUUUUACAAAUUCGUAUUACAAAAGAAUCUGAGAAUUGCUUUAUAUCUGUAACGUUACUGAACAGUAUUCAGAUUAAACUCAUGAAUUUAAGAGUCAAGUUGAAGUGAAACAUGAAAACAAAGUUCACAACGCAGCAGAAUAAGACUGUCAGUCUUUAUUUGAAUGCAUAAUACGGUUCUGUUCACACACAUACAACCGUAUUUUCGGCUAUUAUUAUGUGCUGUGUGAACGGAACCGUAUCGGACAACCAGUUGCCCAGCAAAUUCGUGCGUUUGGUGUUUGAUGCGUAUU